CACACAACCCAGAGAAAAUAUGGUGACCAAAAGGGUACAGAAACCAAAAUAUUGUCAUACAACAACAAAACAUAACAGAUAGACAUGCAAUUACCUCCUUUUGGCCUUGACUAAACUUUAGUUAAGUUAUAUUAGAACGCACCAGCUUCAUUCUGGCGGAAAUAAUGUUGUCAGAGCCCACAAUUGCAGAAGCACAUGUUAAGAUGAGAACACACACUGGUGAUAAACCUUUUAAAUGUGAUAUAUGUGGUUAUAGUUAUUAUAAGAGUUCAAACUUACAGAAACACACAACAACACACACUGUUUAUAAACCUUAUACAUGUGAAAUUUGUGGGAAAGCAUUUGCUAAUCAUGCAACCUUAAAGGUACACAUAGUAAUACAUUCGGGUGAUAAACCUUAUAAAUGUAAUAUAUGUGGUACAGGAUUUGCUCAGAAAUCAACCUUAAAGAGACACAUAAGAACACACACUGGUGACAAACCUUAUAAAUGUGAAACGUGUGGUCAAGGAUUUACUCAAAGUCAUAACUUGCAUAGCCACAUGAGCAAACACACUGAUUAUAAACCUUAUCAAUGUGAAAUGUGUGGUGAAGGGUUCAAACGGAGAAAUUAUCUACAAAGACACAUGAUUACACACCAUGGGGACAAACCGUAUACAUGUGGCAUAUGCGGUAAAGCGUUUUCGAAAAGUACAUACUUAAAGAUGCACAUAAGAAUACACACAGGUGAUAAACCAUAUACAUGUGAUACAUGUGGUAAAAGGUUUUCAACAAGUGCAUACUUAAAGAAACACAAGAGAACACACACUUGUGAUAAACCUUAUAAAUGUGGAAUAUGUGGUAAAGGGUUUAAUGAGAAGGCGUAUUUGCAGAUACACAUGAGAAUACACACUGGUGAUGAACCUUACCAAUGUGAUAUAUGUGGAAAACGGAGUAAACAAAGUAGUGAUAUGCUGAGGCACACGAGAACACACACUGGUGAAAAAUCAUAUAAAUGUGAUAUAUGUGGUAAAGCGUUUGUUCAAGGUUCAACCUUACAGAGACACAUGAGAACACACACUGGAGAUAAACCUUAUAAAUGUGAUGUAUGCGGUAAAGGUUUUUCUGAGAGUACACACUUGAAGAGACACAGUAGAACACACACGGGAGAUAAACCUUAUAAAUGUGAUGUGUGUGGAAAAGAGUUUGGUGAUGGUUCAUACUUGAAGCCACAUAUGAGAACACACACUGGUUAUAAACCUUUUAAAUGUAAUAUAUGUGAGAAGGAAUUUAGUCAGGGUAAUAGUUUAAAGAAACACAUGAAAUCACACACUGCUUAUAAACCUUAUAAGUGUGAUAUAUGUGGCAAGGGAUUUAAUCAGAGUAUGUAUGGUUUAAAGAAACACAUGAAAUCACACACUUAUCUUGCUGAUUAAAUAUAUAUGUGGUUAAGGGUUCAAUCGGAGAAAUUAUAUACAAAGACACAUGAGAACACACCAUGGGGAUAAACCGUAUACAUGUUGCAUAUGGUAUGUGAUAAAGGGUUUUCUCAAAGUACAACAUUAAAGAUACACAUAUAAAUACACACGGGUGAUAAACCUUUUAAUAAUAUGCAUGUGAUAUAUGUGGUAAAGGAUGUAUUCAUGGGAUAUUUAGCGACAUAUCAGAAUACACCUUGAUAAAAAAAACAUAUACAUGUGAUAUACUAGUACUGUGGUAAAGGAUGCAUUCAUGGAAUAUGUAGCGACAUAUCAGAAUACACUUUGAUAAAAAAACUUAUACAUGUGAUAUUUGUGGUAAAGGAUGCAUUCAUGGAAUACACAGUGACACAUAGAUUACGCACUGAUGUUGAACAUUUUAAAUGUGAUAUAUAUGUGGAAAAAUAUUUAAUCAUGGGGAAUGCAGUGAUACAUCAGAAUACACACUGAUGAUACACAUUACAUGUUACGUGUCUUGUUAAGUCUUAUGUGGACUUCGUGGCUUAGAGACACAUGAGAACACGCACUGCAGAUAACCAUUAUAAAUGUCUCAUGUGUUGUAAAGAAUGAAUGAAUGAAUUUCGUGGAUUAGAGACACGCGAGUACACACAAUGGAGAUACCCCUUA